AUUUUUUAUCAAAUCAGAUGUGAUAAAGCAUAAAAAUAAAUGUAUUAGUAUAAAAAAAAUGAAAUUAAACAGUAUCCAACUAUCAAUGAGGUCUGAUCCCAAAAGAUUGGCAAACACUCUCCAAACUGAGAAUGAAGAAUCAUGUACUACUUACAACAUGCUAAAGGUCUCUCGCCAUCUGUUUAGGUGGACAAAAGAAAUGGCAUAUGCAGACUAUUAUGAGCGGGCUCUUACAAAUGGCGUGCUGAGCAUUCAAAGAGGAGCAGAACCAGGAGUUAUGAUUUACAUGAUACCACAAGGUCGUGGAGUUUCCAAGAGCACGAGCUACCACGGAUGGGGAAAGUCAUUUGAGUCUUUCUGGUGCUGCUAUGGAACAGGAAUUGAAUCAUUUUCAAAGCUAGGAGAGUCUAUAUAUUUUGAAGAGAAUGGAGGAGUUCCUGGUCUUUAUGUCAUCCAAUACAUACCAAGUUCCAUUAACUGGAAACUAGGACAAGUUGUGCUUAAUCAGAAAGUUGAUCAUGUUAACUCAUGGGAUCCUUACCUUCGAGUGACUUUCACAAUUUCUUCAGGAGAGUCAGGAAAAUCAUCAACAUUAAACUUGCGAGUGCCAAGUUGGACGAAAUUAAGUGGCGCCAAGGCAACGUUAAAUGCUAAAGAAAUUUCUCUACCAGCUCCAGGUUGAAUGGAUUACAAUUCC